CGCCCGCCCGCCACCAUGGAGCUGGAGGACGGUGUGGUGUACCAGGAGGAGCCCGGCGGCUCCGGGGCCGUGAUGUCGGAGCGGGUGUCCGGCCUGGCCGGCUCCAUCUACCGCGAGUUCGAGCGGCUCAUCGGGCGCUACGACGAGGAGGUGGUCAAAGAGCUGAUGCCACUGGUGGUGGCCGUGCUGGAGAACCUGGACUCGGUGUUCGCGCAGGACCAGGAGCACCAGGUGGAGCUGGAGCUGCUGCGGGACGACAACGAGCAGCUCAUCACCCAGUACGAGCGGGAGAAGGCGCUGCGCAAGCACGCCGAGGAGAAAUUCAUUGAAUUUGAAGACUCUCAAGAACAGGAAAAAAAGGAUUUACAGACCCGAGUGGAAUCUUUAGAGUCUCAAACAAGACAGCUUGAACUCAAAGCAAAAAACUAUGCUGACCAGAUUAGCAGACUUGAAGAAAGAGAAGCUGAACUGAAGAAGGAAUAUAAUGCAUUACAUCAAAGACACACUGAGAUGAUUCAUAAUUAUAUGGAACACUUGGAAAGAACAAAACUUCAUCAACUCACAGGGAGUGAUCAACUAGAGUCCACGGCUCAUAGUAGAAUUAGAAAAGAACGCCCUAUAUCAUUAGGGAUAUUCCCAUUACCUCCUGGGGAUGGAUUACUUACACCGGAUACUCAGAAAGGCGGGGAGACUCCUGGAUCAGAACAGUGGAAAUUUCAAGAAUUAAGUCAACCACGUUCACAUACCAGUCUCAAGGAUGAACUCUCAGAUGUUAGUCAAGGAGGAUCAAAAGCUACCACUCCAGCGUCACUAGCUGCUUCUGACGUGGCAGUGAUUCCUACUGAUACCCCCUUAAAGGAAGAUGAAGGCUUUGUGAGGGCAGCAGAUGCACCAAAUAAGUCAGAGAUAAACAAACAUAUUGAAGUACAGGUAGCCCAGGAUACUAGAAAUGUGUCAACUGGCUCUGCUGAAAAUGAGGAGAAAUCAGAAGUUCAAGCUAUCAUUGACUCCACCCCUGAGUUGGACAUGGACAAAGAUCUCAGUGGAUAUAAAGGCUCAAGUACUCCCACCAAAGGCAUAGAGAACAAAGCUUUCGACCGCAACACAGAAUCUCUCUUUGAAGAACUGUCUUCAGCUGGCUCAGGCCUAAUUGGAGAUGUGGAUGAAGGAGCAGAUUUAUUAGGAAUGGGUCGUGAAGUUGAAAAUCUUAUAUUAGAAAAUACACAACUGUUGGAAACCAAAAAUGCCUUGAAUGUUGUGAAGAAUGAUUUGAUAGCCAAAGUAGAUGAGCUGACCUGUGAGAAAGAUGUGCUACAAGGGGAGUUGGAGGCUGUGAAACAAGCCAAACUGAAGCUCGAGGAGAAGAACAAAGAACUGGAGGAAGAGUUGAGGAAAGCUCGUGCAGAAGCUGAAGAUGCAAGACAGAAAGCAAAAGAUGAAGAUGAUAGUGAUAUUCCUACAGCCCAAAGAAAGCGGUUUACCAGAGUAGAAAUGGCCCGAGUUCUGAUGGAGAGAAACCAAUAUAAGGAGAGGCUGAUGGAGCUUCAGGAAGCUGUGCGAUGGACAGAGAUGAUUCGAGCAUCAAGGGAAAAUCCAGCCAUGCAAGAAAAAAAAAGGUCAAGCAUUUGGCAGUUUUUCAGCAGACUCUUCAGCUCUUCAAGUAAUACUGCUAAGAAGCCAGAACCCCCUGUUAAUCUGAAGUAUAACGCACCCACCUCUCAUGUUACUCCUUCUGUGAAGAAAAGAAGCAGCACCUUAUCUCAGCUCCCUGGAGAUAAAUCCAAAGCUUUUGAUUUCCUUAGUGAAGAAACUGAAGCUAGUUUAGCUUCACGCAGAGAACAAAAGAGAGAACAGUAUCGCCAAGUAAAGGCACAUGUUCAGAAGGAAGAUGGUAGAGUUCAGGCUUUCGGCUGGAGUCUGCCUCAGAAGUAUAAACAGGUAACCAAUGGUCAAGGAGAAAAUAAAAUGAAAAAUUUACCUGUGCCUGUCUAUCUCAGACCUCUAGAUGAGAAAGAUACAUCGAUGAAGCUGUGGUGUGCUGUUGGAGUCAAUUUAUCCGGUGGGAAGACCAGAGAUGGCGGCUCUGUUGUUGGUGCAAGUGUGUUUUACAAGGAUGUUUCUGGUCUGGAUACAGAAGGCAGUGAACAGAGAAGUGCAUCGCAGAGCAGUUUAGAUAAGUUAGAUCAGGAGCUGAAGGAGCAGCAGAAAGAAUUAAAGAAUCAGGAAGAAUUAUCCAGUUUAGUCUGGAUCUGUACCAGUACUCACUCAGCUACAAAAGUGAUAAUUAUUGAUGCUGUUCAGCCAGGCAACAUCCUUGACAGUUUCACUGUUUGCAACUCUCACGUUCUUUGUAUAGCAAGCGUGCCAGGAGCACGAGAAACAGAUUACCCCGCAGGAGAAGAGGCCUCAGAGUCUGGACAGGUCGACAAAGCAUCUUUGUGUGGGAGUGUGACGAGCAAUAGCUCGGCAGAGACCGACAGUCUGCUGGGCGGCAUCACCGUGGUCGGUUGUUCAGCAGAAGGGGUGACAACAGCCACCACUUCCCCCAGUACCAAUGGUGCUUCUCCCGUGACAGACAGGCCGCCAGAAAAGGAAGCAGAAAAUAGUGAGGUUGAUGAAAAUGUUCCCACAGCAGAAGAAGCCACUGAAGCCACAGAAGGCAAUGCCGGGUCAGCAGAGGACGUCACGGUGGACACCUCACAGCCCGGCGUGUACACGGAGCAUGUCUUCACAGACCCUCUGGGAGCUCAGAUCCCGGAAGACCUCUCGCCAGUGUAUCAGACAAGUAGUGCCUCAGAUGUGUUUAAAGAUCAAAUAUCAGUAUUACCAACGGAACAAGACCUGGUAAGAGAAGAAGCCCAGAAAAUGAGUAGUCUCCUACCAACUAUGUGGCUUGGCGCUCAGAAUGGCUGUUUAUAUGUUCACUCAUCUGUAGCCCAGUGGAGGAAAUGUCUUCACUCCAUUAAACUUAAGGAUUCGAUUCUCAGUAUUGUACACGUGAAAGGGAUUGUGUUGGUGGCCCUGGCUGAUGGCACCCUUGCAAUCUUUCACAGAGGAAUUGAUGGGCAGUGGGACUUGUCGAACUAUCACCUGUUAGACCUCGGACGGCCGCACCAUUCUAUCCGGUGCAUGACUGUGGUCCACGACAAAGUCUGGUGCGGCUACAGGAACAAGAUCUACGUGGUGCAGCCAAAAGCCAUGAAGAUCGAGAAAUCGUUUGAUGCACACCCCAGGAAAGAGAGCCAAGUGCGGCAGCUUGCAUGGGUGGGGGAUGGUGUGUGGGUCUCCAUUCGUCUGGAUUCCACACUGCGCCUCUAUCAUGCACACACUUACCAACAUCUCCAGGAUGUGGACAUUGAACCAUACGUAAGCAAAAUGCUAGGUACUGGAAAGCUGGGCUUCUCCUUCGUGAGGAUUACUGCUCUCAUGGUGUCUUGCAAUCGCUUAUGGGUGGGGACAGGAAACGGUGUCAUAAUCUCCAUCCCACUGACAGAAACCGUAAUCCUCCACCAGGGACGUUUACUGGGGCUCCGGGCAAAUAAGACCUCAGGAGCAUCAGGAAAUCGUCCUGGCAGUGUGAUCCGUGUAUACGGUGAUGAAAACAGUGAUAAGGUGACUCCAGGGACCUUUAUACCUUAUUGUUCAAUGGCACACGCACAGCUUUGCUUCCACGGGCACCGGGAUGCUGUGAAAUUCUUUGUGGCCGUUCCAGGCCAAGUUGUCAGCGCACAAAGUGGCAGUAGUGGCACAGAGUUAGCAGGUGACAAGGCAGGGCCGUCUGCCCAGGAGCCUGGCAGCCAGCCGCCCUUGAAGUCCAUGCUGGUCAUCAGCGGAGGGGAGGGCUACAUCGACUUCCGCAUGGGUGAUGAAGGUGGAGAAUCAGAACUUCUCGGAGAGGAUCUUCCACUCGAACCUUCUGUUGCCAAAGCAGAAAGGAGUCACUUGAUCGUAUGGCAAGUGAUGUAUGGCAGUGAGUGAGCCCGUAGGAGAAAGAUGGAGGCGGGAAGCCGUCUCGUCUGCAUGGUUUCUUUUCCCGUUGCCCCUUUAUUUAAUGCUCUCCUAGUGAAAACUUUUACCACAUAAUGUGUGAGCAUUUUUUUCUGUUAACUUUCUAUCACAAAAAUCUGUCCUUAACUGUAACAACACAAAACUAGCUGUUUUACUGCACCAGUAUUAUAGGCAAUUUCAGUAUAUUAUGAACAAAUCAAAAAAUGUUUACUUUAUGCAAACUGGUGAAUUAUAGAAUGCAAUCCAGAUGUGGUUUAUUUUGCCACAGCUAAUGUCACUCACCGUGUUUGAAAGGGUCACUUUUUGGCUAUCACUAAUAAUGGAAUUAAUGGAAACGCUUGAUAAGUGAAACUGUACUGUUAAGUACAAUAGUAGUUUUCCCCAACGUCUUAAAAGAUUGACACAAACUAAUAUCAGGUGGAUUAUUAGGAUUUAUCUAAAUGUCCCAAGAGGGCUAAAAGCUAACUGUAAAUUACUUUCACUUUCAAAUCUGACAAAUCUUGUUUAUAGGGUAUAUAAAACUUUGUUUUCAUCAGAUUGGGGGGAGGGUUUUAUAUUAAAGAAAUUAAGACUACACUAUUUAAAUAAAAGUUUCCUGUUUCUGACUUAUUAAGAGCUCUAUAGUUUAUGAGGCUUGCUUCUGAAUAUUCUGAUAUUUUUUUUAACCAGUCUUGCUCAUUUCCAUAUUGACAUGUCUGAAAGGCUUGUUAUUUCUGAAGAAGAUAUGCCUCAGUACUAGGAGGUUUUGUUUUGUUUUUUAAUGAAAAAUGUGUUUUGGAUUUUUUGUACUAGCAGAUGGUGGUGGUUGGUUGACUUUUUUCCAUGUUAAAAAAUGUACCUAUUUACCCAUUCUUAGACUGCUUGAGUAAAGCUGGGAUGGGUUGGGGUUGGCCUGGCCAUGUGGGGAAUAUAGGAUUUGAUUAGAAAUGCUUUUUCCUCGCGGUCUGUUGAAAAACGACAAACAUCUAGCACUUGAUAUUUAGUAUGUAAAUGACACAUUUAAGCCUUUGUGUCCUUUUGAUAUUAAAAUGUCAUCUCCAGUGAGGAAAGUGAUGGAGGGGGGAAAGCCGAGAUGCCAUCUUUCCACUCACAGCGCCCAGUGAUUACAGUCUAGCUUUCCUAGAUUUUUUUCUUGUUUUGCGUGUUUUUGUUUUGUGCUGGGGCCACGCUUGGCAGUGCCUGGGGGCUGCUCUGGCUGCUUGCUUGUGUGCGGCUCAGCUCAGGGAACCAGGCCGUGUUGGGGGUCAAACCCCAGGCUCCAGCCUGUCUCCUAGUUACCCUCUGAAACAAGUUAAGCUGUCUCCCUGGCCCUUCAUGUUUUAAAAAUCACUAUUCUGCAGGGUGUUUCCCUCUCAAAUUUUAUGAAAACGUGUUACUUAUCAUUUCCUACACAGUACUUGAAGCAAACUAAGUGCUAUUUGAAAAUGCAAGCCUGGGGCCAGAGCUAUCUAGUACAGCAGGAAAGGCACUUGAUCCCUGCAUCCCAUCUGGUUCCCCAGACACCGCUAGGAGGGAUUCCUAAGUGCAGAGCUAGGGGUAACUCUUGAGCACUGCCAGGUGUGGCCCUAAACAAAACAAAAAUAAAAUAAUAGAAUAAAAAUGCAAACCUAUUGGAUCAAGGCCCUCCAGUCAUCAGAAAGACUGCUUCCAAGCAAAGUCUUCAUUCCAUCCAAGCCUUCCUAGGUUCCACGCUUUUGGUUCCUGUCCUGUCGUGCAAAGAUAUUUUUAAAAAGAACUCCAGUGUCUUAUAAGCAUUUAUAUGAUUAGGUUAGAUUUUUAAAAAUGGAAUUUAAUCAGCCAGAGGAAGCCUUUGGCUACAUGUGUCUAUAUAUAAGCACAUUGUAUACAUGGUAAAAUUGUGGCCACUUGGGGUGGCUAGAUUAAAUUAAGUUUUCAUAAAAAUUGUAUUAAGAGGAUAAUUUUUUUGCUUUGAGUCACUUUUCUCCCGGCCAUCAAAUCAUAGGCCAUUUUCCCACCACUUAAAGCUAAGACUUUAUUUUCAAUCAGAGUGAUUUUUGGUAAUAACCAUAGAAAAACGUUAUUAACUAUUUUUGGGGAAUGUUGUAUAACUUUACAAGAGACACCAAAGUGUGGGAACCUUAACCCUGAGUAGCAGGUGUCCCGGAGUGAGGCUCCAUUUGCUGUUCAGAUUUUUUUACAUGUUUGUAUGACUGAAUGUAAUUUAGGGGAUCAGGAGUUAAAGUGAAAAAUGCAAACAUACUACAAUAACUGUCACGGUUCUUUUAAAACUUACCAGGUGUUAGUUAAGGUAGAUAGAGGUGUGGCAUUAUUUUAUCUAAACCUGACCUUUUAUUGUGGCCCUGUUCAUUAACAUCAGGAACUAGAGAGAGUACAAAAGCAUCUGUACAAUUUAUUUUAGGGGCUUGUCCUUAUGUUUGUCAUUUUACUUAAAUAUUGUCUACAGACUACUUUACUUCCUCCCUCCUAUUCCCCCAAAAUGGAUUUAUUUCUUGUGAAGUUCACUUUGGUCAAGGUGGUAACCUUUGGAAGAAAAUGCCAAAAUGGAAAGCUGCUUGGAGGCAGAGAAAGUGACGUGAACUACCUGUAGUUGUCACAUCAAGGACAGAGGAGAGGCUUCAGUACCUCAGGCCAGUCUCUUCGUGUAAAAGAAAAUUACACCUGUUGGAAAGAAUAACGAAUGCUGGAGAAUUCUCUUUCUAUUACCUCUGGGUCAUAUGUGAGGUUGAGCCACGUGAAAUUGCUAGUUUUCAACCAUUUCUGAUCUGCCAGAAUGGUACCAAUACACACACACACACACACACACACACACACACACACACACACACACAUAGCUACACGCGCAAACACAAUAGAUCCUCAGGUGUUUGUGUGUUGGUCAAAUGAAUCUAAAUUGUCAAAAAGGAAUGGAUCUCUUAAUUGCAGCAUGUUAAGUAUAAGAACAACAACAAAAUGAUGCAGCACAUAGCUUUUUCAUUUCAGUCUGUGUGCAUGGAAAAGGGUAAAAUACAUUCUCUCAGUUACUGGAUUGUUUCUUGUGACAGUCUCUGCAUUUGAGAAUAGACAACCUUUAACACAGGCUGCCUUAGUACCCAGACAAAACAGGUGUCCCUUGAUACUAACUGGCCUAACGCGUGUGUCUUUGGCCAGUGCUAUGGAACUGAAUAUGUGUUUCCUCCUGAGUAUUAUGACCUUUACCAAAGCACUCAACCUAGAUAUAGAGGUUUUCUGAAUUGAUCAUGUUAAGAAAGGGACUCGUCGGGUCCCACUUUGUGACAUAGGAAGAGUAGAGAGAAUUCAAAAUGGAAAUCACAAAUGCUUUUCUAACAAGCUUACACUAUUUUGUAACACUAAAUGUGCUUUUCUUUCUCUAAAAAUUAAGUUCUUUUUAUUAAUUUUAUUGUAUAUUUCUCAAUAUUUGAAUAUAUUUUAACCAUUUUAUGUUCUUUUUUUUGUCCUAGACAUUUUAUCAGGAAUCUUGUUGCCUCUAUAAUCUGAAAAAUGGGUUCUAGAGUGUCUUACUUGCUCUCUCUUAGAGGCUGAGGUUUCAUUUCUCGGAGCAAAAAGCUCAUUUAGCAAUGUAGUUAUUUCAGUAUUUAUUUCUUUUAUGGAAUCCCUGGGGUUCGGAAUGUAACUUUGUACAUGAAAUAUAUAUAAAUAUGUAUAUGAAACA